GGAAUGCCAUUUACAUCACGUGAGGUGGGGUGGGGURUCACAGUUGUAGGCUACCUUUGCUUACCUGUCAUAUCGAAACCUCAAGGCUAUGAAAAAUCACCAAUAGGUACCACACUGGUUUGAACUAGAUCGACAUAUUUUAUUGKCAAAAUGGAAUCGCCUGUGAAGACAGGUUUCCAUAGACUGGAGAUAAAGAAAACAACAUGGGAUGUUCCAGAGCAAUAUAUCGCGCUGAAAGCAGUUGGCUCGGGCGCUUACGGGACGGUAUGUUCUGCUAUUGACCAGCAGACUAAGGAGAAGGUGGCCAUAAAGAAGCUCUAUCGUCCCUUUCAGUCCCUAAUCCACGCUCAACGGGCCUACCGUGAACUAAGACAGUUACGCCAUAUCCAGCAUGACAAUGUGAUCAGCCUCCUCAAUGUCUUCACACCUGAUUUCUCCCUGGAGAAAUUCCAGACGUUUUACAUGGUAAUGCCCUUUGUGGCUCAGGACCUCGGUCGCAUCAUGAAGAGCAGGAGACUGAAUGAUCGCAUCAUCGUUUACCUCUUCUACCAGCUGCUACGUGGCCUGAAGUAUAUCCAUUCUGCAGGGAUCAUCCAUCGGGACCUAAAACCUGGCAACCUUGCUGUGAAUGAGAACUGUGAAUUAAAGAUCCUGGACUUUGGUCUAGCAAGACAUGCAGAGAGUGAGAUGACAGGCUAUGUGGUGACACGCUGGUACAGGUCACCAGAGGUCAUCUUCAACUGGAUGCACUAUAGCCAAUCAGUGGACUUGUGGUCUGCAGGCUGCAUCCUGGCUGAGAUGAUCACAGGCCAGGUUCUUUUCCCAGGCAAUGACAGCAUUGACCAGCUGAAGAAGAUCCUCAACGUUACAGGAACACCACCAUCCUCCCUGGUGCAGAAGAUGCAGAGCAAAGAUGCUCGCUCAUAUGUACAGAGUCUCCCUAUCCAAAAGAAGAAAAACUUCAAGGAGGUCUUUCCCUCCUUGCAUGUAAACGCGGUGAAUCUGCUGGAGAACAUGUUGCUGCUGGACCCAGAGACCAGGAUGACGGCUAAAGAGGGCCUCUCACACCCCUACCUCGCUGAGUUCCAUGACCCAGAAUCUGAACCCGACUCCCCGACGUACGACGACUCCUUUGAAAGCCUGGAGCUUGACGUGGGAGAGUGGAGUAGUCUGAUCCACAUGGAGAUUAUGGCUUUCGACCCCAGUAACCCCAGUGCAACUGCAUUGUAGUGGACAGACGCCACAGAGCACUGGCUCCCCCCAGUUUUUGAACCAUGGAGUUUAGCAUAUGAACUGCAUGACAAACUAGAAUAACAUGUUAUUUCAUGUUAUAAAAAGUUUGCGUAUCACUUUUCACAACAUGGUAUAUGACUUUAUGAAACGUCAUACUGUAUGUCAGAGUUUUUAUGGAUCCCACAUACUUAAAGGGAAAGUCAUACACUCUUUAAAAAAUGUGCUAUCUAGAAGCUAAAAGGGUUCUUCGGCUGUCCCCAUAGGAGAACCCUUUGAAGAAACCUUUUUGGUAUAACCCUUUUGAUAGAGGCCUCUAGUGGUUAAAAGGCUGUAUUCGCAUGGUCAGCGCCAUUGAGUGCCUCCACCAUUUUAAUGUAGUCAACUGGGUGGGACUUUCAACAUCAUUGGCUGAUCCCUCUUGUUGACCCUGUUGGAG